AUGAAGGAGACACGCUACAAGGUCGAGAUGCCUCCGGGCGGUAUCGGCCUUCAGCAGAUCAACAGCAUAGAGAUCACCAUGCAGAGUUCUGCUCCAUCGAUCCCUGACGUCUUAGUCCAUGGUCAUUGUGCAUCGAUCUAUGUUGACGGAAAGAUGACCGUAGGCUACUCCGCUAUAUCGCUCCCUGACGCUCCUCGGACCUCCCAGCAGAACCGCAACAGAUGGGUCAAGCUGCUGACUCUGCACGUCGGUCCGCAGCGCAUCAAGAAGCAGCUGCAGGACGAGGCCGGGCUGAUCCGGGGCAUCGACUCAAUCAAAUCCGGUGAUUGGAUCAUCGACGGCAUGAAGGUCACUUCCAAGAUCCGAUUCAACGUCCCUCAGGACGAUGUUGACACCACCAUUCGACGUGCAAUGCGCCUGCCCGGCUUCAUUGCCGUCCAGUGCGAGGGGGCCUACGACCCCAGCAGCCGUCGCUAG